GAUCUGCAUCAUGUUUUUCGUUCCCCAAGGAUCCUUCAGUUUUUCGUCUCGAUUUUCAUCUCUGUUCCUCCACUCAGUCCCAGGUUGUAAAAGUGAAGGAGAUCUGGUGUAGCUAGCUGGAAAAGUUAGUACAUUUUUCAGUUCGUCUACAACUUUAAACUACUUGCAUAAGAGAAGUUGUUUUUCUUAGCAAAGGCUUUUUUAUCGACUUUUGCGUGAAUAAUAUAUUAGACGCAUCAAAAAAUGGGUUCUUCCAGCAUUGAGAAGCGUGCACCGGAGAGUGCAGCAGCUGUCGCUGUUGAGCCGAAGAAGAAGAAGAGGAAGACCGAGAAAACAGCUGAGGCAGAGGCACCGGCGAUCGCAGAAGUGAGCAACACCACUGCCGCGACAGGAGAAGAAUCUAGCAAAAAGAAGAAGAAAAAGAAAAACAAGGAUGCUGCGGAAGAGGCCCCUGCUGCUCCGGCUCCUGCCAAAGAAGAGGCCACCACGACUUCGGAAGAGACUGUAAGCAAAAAGAAGAAGAAGAAAAAUAAGGGCGGUGAGGAAGCUGCAGCCCCUGCCGCUGUGGAGGAAGCUCCAGUGGCCGUUGCUGCUGAGACAUCGGGCAAGAAGAAAAAGAAGGACAAGCAAGAAGCUACAACAGCAACUUCUACAUCAGCUACUUCUGCAUCUUCUUCUUCCGAUGAAAAGUGCUUUAAAUCUGAUCCUUUCUAUGGUGAGCACAAUAUUAGUGUCAGUGGUUGCCCUACUCCGAAGCCAGCAACGUCUUUCAAAGAUUCUGGCCUCCCGCAAGAAAUCUCAACACUCUGCGAAAAAAAGUUCGGUGCUUCCGGCAAGCCCUCUCCAAUCCAGGCUGUUGCUUGGCCGUUGAUCCUGCAAGGUAAGGACGUUUUUGGUAUUGCCAAGACUGGUAGUGGAAAGAGUUUGGCUUUCGUCUUGCCUUACUUGGCUAAAAGGCUCGCUGAAAAUUCCGGGGUAAAUACUUCUUCCGGUAAAAAGAACCACUAUCCAGCGAUGGUUUGCAUGGCGCCAACGAAAGAACUAGUCCAACAGAUUGCUGAAGUUGCAGAGGAAUUCACUAGCAAGCUGAAAAUGUCUUUGACAGUCCACUGCAUCAUUGGUGGAGUUAACAAGGGGAUUCAAAUCUCCAAAAUCAAAUCUUCCGCAUGCGACGUCGUAGCAGCGACACCAGGACGACUCCUGGACUUAGUCGAGAAUGAUCAGGUAUUUAAGUACUUUGGAUUUUGUUUUUGUUGGACAGUCGAAACCGAAAGUAAAGCUUCUACAACUUCUAGAGUUGUAAGUUAGUAUUAAUACUGAGUAUCGCUUUCGCUCCUUUCAUCUCAACGAUUACGAUCACGUUUUUAAGAGCCAGUUCAUCUUUAAGAAAGUAUCAUCCUGAUCUCGAAAUCAAAAACAUCAGGUUCUCAAUCUCUCCAAGUGCGAAUACUUGGUUCUCGAUGAAGCCGAUAGAAUGCUUGACGACGGUUUCAUUCUGAACAUCCGAAAAAUUUCCGAGUAUGCAACCUCUGACAAAGUAACGCGACAGACUGUGUUGUUCUCAGCAACGUGGCCGAUGGAAGUGAACAAGCUGGCUAGAGGCUUGUUGGGGAAAGGUAAUGAUUUUCAGCAUUGUGAUAUUUUAUAUAAUUUACCACAAAAACAGCUUUUUACCACUAGCACAACAGCACUGCAUCAUAAGAACAAUCUUGACAGUCAAAAAUGGGAUUCAUCAGGAAAUAUUCCACGUUCAUCUUGUAGUUGUUGUUGAGAAGCAUUCUCUCUUCAGCACUAAUAAAACGAGGAAAUACCCAGCACUCGUCCACCAAACAAACGAAUGAACCAAAAUAGGUCGAAAUGCGGCAACCAUCACCGUUCUUCGUAAGGACCAGACCUUGGAUGAUCCGGAGAAUAUCAACACAGAGGAUAAGCUCCAACUGAACGAUGCUAUCUCGCAGACUCUCCACGUUCUUCCAGACGGCAGGCGAAAAUGGGAACUGUUACUGAAGAACUUGAGAGCCAAUCCGAAUAAGAAGAUCCUUGUUUUCGGCUUGUACAAGAAGGAAGUCGCAAAUCUAGAAAACUGGCUGCAGAGGGAAGGGUUCAAACUGCGUGCUUUGCAGGGCGACAUGACCCAGGACAAAAGGACUCAGUCAAUUGAAGACUACAAAACCAAUAAAGCAAGAAUUUUAGUCGCCACUGAUGUCGCCGCCAGAGGUCUCGACAUCCCCGACAUCGACGUCGUGCUGAACUACACUUUCCCACUCACCGUGGAGGAUUUCGUCCACCGAUGUGGCCGAACCGGUCGUGCGGGACGCAAGGGUGCUGCUAUCACCUUCUUCAACACCACAGGCGAACACAAGGAACGGGAACACUGCUUCGACUUGAUCCGAUUGUUGGAGGGAGCGAAGCAGCCAGUUCCCGAGGAGUUGAGAAAGAUCAACGCCAACACCUUCGUAGCAACGAAGAAGAAGUCACAUGGUAUGUACGGGGACUUUUUCAAGUCUGCGGAGGAAAUGGAAAAACUCAGCAAAAAAAAAGUGCAGAUGACGUUUGAUUCGGAUUCGGAUUAAACUAAGGAAGUAGACGAGAUAUUAUUGCUAUGUCUUAUAUUUUGGAAUCCUCCUCUUCUAUUGGGAGUAGAAAUGAACAACAAGAUGAAGAAUGUAUUUGACAACUUCUAACUAUUGUGCUACCUCACUCCAUCCUGCUCUCCAAAUGAGGGAACGACCACUAUGUUGAUAAUGAACAUGUUUUGAUGUUGAAUAUGGGAAUUUUACCGAUGUACCUGCAACCAGUUCCAUAAGCCUACUUACGAUGAUGACUUCUUUUAGGACGCAAACGAACUACAACAAAGAAGGCGAUCUGCCUUCGGGAUAACAG